AUGACUACUCAACUGAGAUACGAAAAUAAUGAUGAAGAUGACAGAGUAGAACAUAAUCUCUUUACCAAUAGAUCCACUAUGAUGGCGAAUUUUGAAGAAUGGAUCAAAAUGGCUACAGAUAAUAAAAUCAAUUCCCGAAAUAGCUGGAAUUUUGCAUUGAUUGAUUAUUUUUAUGACCUGGACGUCCUGAAAGAUGGUGAAAAUAACAUUAAUUUCCAAAAGGCAUCUGCCACUUUGGAUGGGUGUAUUAAGAUUUACUCUUCGAGAGUUGAUUCGGUGACAACAGAAACAGGGAAGUUGUUGAGUGGAUUGGCUCAAAGGAAAACAAAUGAAUCAUCCAACGGGAGUAAUGGGACCGAUAAAAACGGACAAGGGUUUGAAGGUGAUGAUGAUGAAGCAAACGUACAGAUUGACCCACUGACUGGCAUGCCUGUAUCGAACGAUCCUGACGUGGGUAAUACGAGGCGAAGAGUUUACAACAGAAUUUUAGAAACUACUUUAGUGGAGUUUGAAACAAUUAAGAUGAAGGAGUUAGACCAGGAGCUAAGCAUUGAUCCGUUGUUCAAGAAGGCCCUUGUUGAUUUCGAUGAAGGUGGUGCCAAGAGUUUACUAUUGAACACGCUAAACAUAGACAGCACAGCAAGAGUCAUUUUCGAUGCCUCCAUAAAGGACAGUCAACAAAUAACGCAAGAUGAAGAUCAAAGGAAGGAAGAUGAUCCAAUUGAGGAAGAUAGUAUAGCUGAUGGUGAAAAUGGGCCCAGUCAGUCACUGAUAAGUAGUCGUAACGGUUCUAUGGUAAAUGGUUCAGUUAUGAGUGCACCUUCGAUGGAAGAUGAGAUUUUAUCCCUUGGCAUGGAUUUUAUAAAAUUUGAUGAAAUUGCUGUUUGUGAAAUUUCAGGAUCAAUUGAGCAGCUAAGGAACGUUGUCGAUGAUAUUAAUCAAGCAAAAGGUUUCAUAGAAAAUGUGAAUAAUAAGUUCGAUAACUUCUUGACCGAGGAAGAACUACAGGAGGCUAUUCCAGACGAUGCCGAAGACAAUGUUGAUGGAUUUGAUCUGGACAUGCAACAAGAGUUAGAAUGUCCUGAUGAAAAUCAUGAUAAUACGCCACAAGAUGAAGAGGAUGAUCAAAAUGAUGAUAACAGCAAUACUACUGCAGGAAGUAUACUCGAAAAAGAUUUAAUGGCAUAUUUUGACGAAAACCUGAAUAGAAAUUGGAGAGGAAGAGAACAUUGGAAAGUACGAAAUUUCAAAAGAAUGAACCUAGUAACUAACGAAGCCAACAUAUUAGCGGAAACACAAAAUGUCGUAAGAGACACUACGAACAAGAACAUGGGAGAUGACAAACUAACGGAUGCUAAGAAGAAGAAUAAGCCAAAAAAAGUCUUAGAAAUUGAUUUUUUCCAAAUUGACGAUGGUUUUGAAGACAAAAUUUUUGCACCAAAGGGGAGAACAAAAAUCGACAUGCCAAUAAAAAAUAGGAAAAACGAUUCCCAUUAUUUACUGCCAGAUGAUUUCCAUUUUUCUACCGAAAGAAUUACAAGACUAUUUAUAAAGCCGGAGCAGAAAAUGAGUCUAUUUAAUCAUAAGAAAAACUCUAGAGGUGACGCUAGCACAAGGGUUUUUGAUAAAACUAUGAAUUCUGUCAAUGGUGCAAAUAACGAAGCACCUGCUAUUGCCGAUGAACACUUUUGGGCAGAUAAUUACGAAAGAAAAGAACAAGAGGAAAAAGCAAUGGAGCAGUCUAAGGAGGUAGGUGAUGUGGUGGGUGGAGCGCUGGAUAACCCAUUUGAAGAUGACAUGGAUGGUAUUGAUUUUAACCAAGCUUUCGAAGGAGCUGAUGAUAAUGAGCAGGCGAGCGUGAAACUCGAUCUACAGGAUGAGGAAGAUCAUAAAUUUCCCAUCAGAGACAACAAAGUUACUUAUUCGAGGGUUGCAAAGAAAGUUGACGUGAGAAGACUAAAAGAAAACGUCUGGAGAUCAAUUAACAAGUUGAUACAAGAACAAGAUACCAAAAAUGGAAAAGUAAUCUCUGAAGAGCGUGCAAGUGGCCAAGAAGAUAGACCUCUGAAAGAACUGAAAUUUUCUGAUAUUAUCCAAGGUAUAAGUAAAAUGUAUUCAGAUGAAACCUUGAAAGAUCUUUCUACAAGCUUUUGUUUCAUAUGCCUUCUACAUUUAGCUAAUGAGCAUGGGUUGCAGGUGACUAGUACGGAGGAUUAUGAGGACCUGCUGGUGAACUAUGAGGAUUUAACUACAGUAUAA